AUGUUUAAUUGCAUUACGGUGUAGACAUUACCUCCAGAGCAAAUUAAAUCAUUCUAAGUACCCUUGAAUUUCCAGGGGGUCUAAGACAUAAAAACAAAGUGUGCUUAAUGCCUGAAUUACGAUGUUUAACUUUUUUUAGACAAAGAAUGUAAAUAAGAGAUUGACUCAUCAUUAAGACUCUGCUAAGCAAGAUAAACAAACAUUAUUUAUGCAAAAAGAGUUGAUUUAACAUAUGACUCUUCCUAUUUUCCAAAAGUGACUUGUUGGUUUAAAUAGGAUGGAAUUGAAUUGAAUAUGGGAGUGAUAUUAAACUCGGAUUACUCAUUCGAUGAAGUAAUACAACUGUGAUCUCUAGGUAUUGCAAGAAGCCAAAUAGAAAGAGAUAAUAGUAAAAAUGCCAAAUUCUAUCAUAGUGACAGACCUUGAUCAAACCAAAAUCUUGGCAUCCAUGAUACAAAUGCAAAUGUUGAAACUAAUCAGUCCCUCAGAUACGGAUCCUCAAUUAUUAAUACACUUUACUACAACUGGGCAGGAACCAUAAGUUCAACUACAAUAAAAGAACGGUUUCCCUCAAUUUCAAUUCCCAUAAAACCCAAUUCGACCACAAGGCAAUUAAGGAACUCUCUAACCAUCUGGUCUAUAAAUUAAAAAAAAUUAAUUCCCAAUUUUUUCAUUAUAGAGUAAGCCUUAAAAUAAAUUUAAUAAUAAUAAAGUACAAAUACAAGAGAGUGUAUUUCCUCCAUCCAACUUUGAAAUUCAAAAAAGGUAAUAACCCCCAAAACCAUAACCAUUUAUGAAUCCAUUUGUGAAUCCACCAAAUAACACAGCGACAGUUUUCAAAACUAUAGAUUCCCAAGUUUUUCAAUAAAAAGAUCAAAACAAGGCGAAUGAUAUUGCAUCCUUAGAAAGGAUGGCCUUAAAAUGUGUUGAAUAGAAAAUACAUGUUGGUAAGUUUAUUUUAAUAAUUAAUGAAAACAGUGAUUUUGUCACCUAUCAAUGCAGUUCUCCUUAGUUAUCUGGGUAUUUUCUAUAAGUUAAAGGCAGAAAUGCUCCUUUAAAAAAUGAAUAAUAAAUUAAAUGGGAAAGUAAAUACGGAGUUUAAAUAGCUGAUAAUGUCGGUAAAGGGUUUAUAAUUAAAUGGAAGAAUAAUACAUACAAUUCCUUAACAAUAUAUCUUAUGUGA